AUGUCAUUUCUCGGACUAGGAGGUAACCCAAACGCUGCUGCCGGCGGUGUUAACAAGCUUAAGAUCGAUGCCGCUGAGGCCGAGCUUGAUAUGGUCAGUGACAUGUUCAACCGCCUGGUCGAUUCGUGCCACAGCAAAUGCAUUACUCAACAGUACCCCGAAGGUGCCCUCAACAAGGGUGAGAGCUUAUGUUUGGACAGAUGUGUUGCCAAGUACUUUGAAGUCAACACCAAGGUUGGUGAAGUAAGUUAA